UUCUCAACAACUAACAACCCCCACAAACACUCACAAACACAACACACUCUCGCGAACAUGGACUUCCUCAAGAACGCUGUCGGCGGUGACAACAACAAUGAGAACCAGAACCAAGGCCAGCAGCAGCAGGGCGGCAACUCCAACGAGCAGCAGCAGGGCGGCGGCGGCUUCCUCGACGGCAUCACCAACAAGCUCAACGGCGCCGCUGGUGGAGGCAAGGAGAGCGAGAAGAACGAGGACUACCUGGACAAGGGUGUCGACUUCGUCCAGGAGAAGUUCAUGGGACAGGGAGCGCAGGACAACGAGAGCGCCGUCGAGCAGGCCAAGGACGAGCAGAUCUCCGACUUCAUUCGCGGACAGUACAAGAGCAAGACGGGCAGUGACAUUCCGAUUGAGGACAAGGCCACAGCUCUUGACAGGUCGACUGACUAGGACCUGGAAGCCGCCAUCGAGCGUCCACCUCCACUCAAAGAGUACACGACAUUGAGAGCUGCGGUGCUUAUAAUCUUGGCGGUCUGGAAUGUUUGGGAUAUUCAUUACAACCGCACCCAUGGUCUCUGUUGCUAAAUUACGGCUGGG